UGAAAAAGCGCGGGGUCGGCAUGCAGUACACUGCCGCGCUCUCCGCGGCGCCACCCGAGACGAACAAUAUACGAUCACUCAUUCUAGAGAAGGAGAAGGAACUCCAUGACAUCAACGAGUAUCGUAUCCGCACUCUGGAAGGUCUCCUCAAGGAAAAGGAGCAAGCCAUGCAGGGUUACAAGCAAAAGUUUUACAAACUCCAGGACGACUUCAAAUACAACCUCAAGCUCUUGGAAGGUCGUGACGAAGAACUCGCAAUGUACGACAGCAACUUCGCCACACUGAAGAUAGUCGUUCGAGAUCGAGAGAGCGAAGUGAGUGAACUGAAGAUUCAACUCGCAGACCUCCAAAACGACCUCAAGAUGGAAAAGCAAAAGGGGAGCGAAGGAGACAUGUACAUGCAGCAAAAGCUUAAAGAAGUCCGCGGGGCAAUGGAGUCAACUCGAUGGAGUUAUGACGAAGACAUGCGAAAGGCCAAGGAAGAGAUCGAGUCUCUGAAGCGGCGGCACGACCGGGAGCUUCGUGAAAAGGACGAAGAUAUCGAGAGCAUUCGCCGCGAGCUCACAGUUACAUUUGACGAGGUGCUUCGACAACGCGAACAAGAGUUUCGCGCCGCACACGACGACGUCGGCGGCAAAGCGCGGGACUUGGAACUCAAGGUCAAGUCAAUGGGACGGGAGAACGAUACAUUGAAGGAACGCAACCACGACCUGCGGCGAAAGGUUGACGAGUUGGUUGACCAGCUCGCCGAAAGCGACAAGGCCCAAAAAGCACUGCAGUGGGAAGUGGCAGAUGUGCGGGCGUUGAAAGAAGCCAAGAUCUCGGAACUCGAACAAGAAACGAUCGAGUUGCAAACCGUCAAGCAAGCUCUUUUGGACGAGUAUGAAGGCAAGAUGGCCGACUUGUUGCAGUCGUUGCACGCCGUCGAGAAGGCAUUCUUGGCUCAAAAGGCGCAGUUUGACGAAGACCUCAAGCGCGCGGUGCGCAUGAAAGAGGACGAACUCAAGGCGCAGACAGCUAAAAUGGAGGCGCGCAUCGAGACGGUCGUAAACAAGUUGCGAGUGGCGGACGAAACCUUGGAAAGGGUCCAGACAGAGUUCAAACAAGCCAAGUGGGAAGCGCAAGACCAGUUGCUGCAGCGAGAGCGAGACAUGGAGCGCCUUGCGAGCGACCACCAAGAUGCGCUUGAACAACGGGACUCGAUAUUGAAGGAGCUCAAGAACGAAAUGUGGCAGCUCGAGGUGGAUUUGAAGUCGUCCAAAGAGUCAGCAAGAGUGUCCGUCCAGCUCCUUCAAGACGGCAAGGACAAGGAAGCAUCGUUGCGACGGGACCUGCAACAGGCCAACGAAACGAUCGAAGAACUCAAGCGACAAGUGCACAGCACGAGCCUGAGUUUGGAAGUCAAGUUGCAAGAAGCCGAGCACGAGUGGAUGGCGCAGCAUAACGUUCGCAUGCGCGAGCUUGCUGCUGGAAAAGAGCGAUUGGUGGCUGAGAAACAAGCUACCGAAGACAGACUAAAGCAUGCCGAAGCCGAGCUAACUCGACUGCGAGGGGAGCUGUACGCCCAAAAAGCAGUCGUCAAGGUCAACGAAGCGUUUCCAUUGCCAAGUGUGCCGUCGGAAGUGUCGCCUAUAUGGAGUGAAGGAAGCAACGGGUCCAACUUGCUACCUCCUGCUGCGUUCUCCAUGAAAACACCCACAAACUCCACUGCACCAUCGCCAGCGCCAUCACCGGCCCCCAACGAUCCUAACGCCAGCCUUGUGGCAGAAAAUGCCAAGCUCAAAGGCAUGAUUCGAACCAUGACAGAAGAGUUGAUGAAGCAAUCGGCGAUGCCGUCGCCACCUCCUAUCACUCCAUCGCAGAAGGACGAUCCAGCUGCACAGCAAACGAUCCGGCAGCUAGAAGGCCAGGUCCACGAGCUCCAACAGCGAGUGGAACUCGUCCAAAAGGAACUCCAAGUAGCCAUUGACGAGAAAAACGCAGCUGUUGCCAAGUUGGAGCAAAUUACCCACAUCGACACCACCAACUCAACCGAAGAAAGUACGGCAGUGAUCACCGGUCUUCGCAACCAGCUCCACGACGCUCUGGCUCAAGUUGAUGUACUCAAGAACGAACGCAAUUCCCUCAUGGAAUUGAGCAAUCGACUGACGGCGGAAAACCGAAAGCUCCAGCUCGGCACGACCGCACCAGACAAUUCGUUUGCGCUCAAGCAGCAGGAACUUCGGGUGGCAGAGCUUACCCAAGCGCUGGAAGAAUCCAAACUGCACAACAAAGCGCUGAAGAAGGAACUACGGAGGUGGCUCAAGCGCGAAGACGCGAGUCCCAACAGCUCCAUUGGCGGCGGUAUCACUCUUUCCGAUGCAUCUGACAAGUUGAUGUCGUUUCAAGCGGCCAAAGAACAAGUGGACCUUGCGCGAGCGAAACGAACUCCGAGCUUUACGGACACAACGGCGUCUGCCGUUGGUGCGGCAACCCAGACGUCCCACCACCUCACUCCGCCUCCGACCAUGUCGGACGCCAGGCUCAAGCUCAAGCAUGCCAAGGAAGUAUUAGCUCUGGCUGGGAAAAAGGUGGACGUCGAGCCUGCUCAGGGACGCCCGCGUGCGCCUUCACACGUGCAGAGAGAGACCGACAGCCAGCGUAGCGUCAUGUCCAAGUUGAAGGAGCUGCAGUCCAAGCGCGCCGAAAUGGCCGAAGAGCGGAAAAAGGUUCGCAAUUACAACAUUCCGUCCUCGUGAUGUGAUCAGGACAUCAUGGCGACGUGUGAACACGACUGUUCAAUGUACAAACAGACGCUGCUCCGCACCACUGCGUGGUUGGCGAAUUCACGGCACAAGUAUCGGUGGCUUAGCGGCGUUACCUUGGGCAGUCAACCUGAAUAGAGAUCGCGAAGGGCGAGAGGUCAUGUUGACAGUGGGUGGCAUGAGUCGUCGAAAUCACGAAAGAUUCGAGCUGGCUGAGGUGGGGUGGUGAAUCAAGGGAUGCCAGCAGAUAUCCUUGUCCUGCUACUGCCGGCCGCAUCGUG